UAAAUUGGCAUUUGUUUAUUUAAGGAUUUGAACUUUACUACACCCACCUGCUUUCCUUCCCGCACAGAUCAUCCUAAUUUGCUGUCAGUCAAGUAUUGCCCACAAUGACUCAUCCAUAAAAUCUUACAUACAGAUGAAAGAAAAAGUCUGUGACACAAGCCCAAGACUGAACUAUCAGCCGGAGAAAUGCAUUUUUUUUAUUUCAUCAAUAAACAGAUUAAAGGAUAAUUAAAUACGCAGUGCACAGGAAUCACUUGAAGUGAAAUGAGGUAUCAUUUGGAUAUACACAUAUCUAUGAAACAUGAAAAAUUACUCUGCAGACUAGCCGCUCUAAUCUUGAAAAAAUAUUGAAAGGAAAUCAUAUUCUCAAAUUUAAUUUGCAUUUUUGUAUAAAGAACUCCAUGUUCUCAAAGAACUGCCAGAAGCAAGGGUUAUGGAUGUGCAAAAAUCCUGUUGUAGCAGUUAAUUAUCUUUGUGAAAAAGGCAUGUGAAGUUCCUGGGAUUCAAUAAGAUUAUACUAUGCUAGUUUGUAGAACACAGCUUUGGUGUUCAUAAAUGAAUUCCAGUACAGUAAAUGUUGCUUCAGAAUGCAGUCCUACUGAUACACUUUUAAUCUGUGUGUUUAACACAUUGCAACACUACAUGGUGAGGCAGUACAAGUGCCUGGUCUUGCUCAAGAUGAACCUUGGCUCUUCUCCCAUGUUUGCUCUUGCGAGGCAGCAUAUAAACUGUAGGCCAGUACUGCAGCAGGGUAAACACCAACAUGGAAGCCAGGCUGCUGCUGGGCUUCUCACUGCUGUGGCUGUUUGGCCACCAUGUGCAGGCACAGCAGGCGUCACAAGCACAGUCGCAGUCGCAGACAUUAUCACUAAACACCGCUAGAGGUCGGCUCAGCCUCUCGCAAUCACAAUCAAGUUCCUUAUCAUUCAGUGAUCCUCAAAACAUUCUUCUUAUGUUUGACCGCAUUGCAGAGCCAUUGUUUGUUCCUAAAGGAAUAGAAAACAGAAUUGUGUUCAAUCUCCCAACUGAGUAUCUGCCAUCACGCUAUCAGCCAAUAGCUUCAGAUUUAGCUGAUAGGUGGGGUGGACCUUCAAAUAAAAUAGAAAUAGAUGUGCGGUCCAUCACACUGCCUGAUCUGUCAUUUCCUAUGAGCCUUGGUCGUAAAGAGAACUUCUCUCCAUUUAUACCACAUCAUCGAAGAAUGGCAGAAAGACUUGUAGAAACAUUUAUGGGAAUGCGCACAUAUGAAGAUUUUUUGUCCUUGUCAAUCUACUGCCGUGACCGCAUAAACCCAUACAUGUAUGCUUACGCACUGUCAAUUGCCAUUAUUCAUCGACCAGACACACGAAAUAUACCGCUGCCUCCUCUAAGUGAAGUGUUUCCAGAUAAGUUUAUGGACAGCUCUAUCUUUGGACAAGCUCGUCAGGAAGCAAAUGUUGUUGGUGAAGGGAACAGGUUACCAAUAGUAAUACCACGUGACUACACAGCAUCUGAUCUUGAACCAGAGCACCGUGUUGCAUAUUUCCGAGAAGAUAUUGGGGUUAAUUUAUUCCACUGGCAGUGGCAUCUUUACUAUCCAUUCUCUGGCUUACCAGCUCUUGUCAAUAAGAAUCGACGUGGUGAGCUAUUCUACUAUUUGCAUCAGCAGAUUACCGCAAGGUACAACUUUGAACGACUCAGCAACAAGCUUCCUCGUGUCAGGCGUCUACUGAACUGGCGUGAACCAGUGGAGGAGGGUUACUUCCCUAAACUUGACAAUAUUGUCUCCAGCAGAGUUUGGCCACCACGGCACUCAUUUGCCAACUUACGGGAUGUCAACCGAGAACUUGAUCAAAUUAAGUUUGAUAUCCUGGACUUGGAACGCUGGCGUGAUCGAUUCUAUGAAGCCAUUCAUGGUGGUUCUGUUGUAAAUGUAAGGAAAGAAAUUGUUGAUCUUACAGAAACAGAAGGAAUUGACAUUCUUGGUAACAUGAUGGAGGCAAGCUCACUGUCUAUAAACACUAACUUGUACGGUGAUCUGCAUAACCUUGGUCAUGUUAUGAUGGGUUUCUGCCAUGAUCCCGAUGCAAGACAUCUGGAAACAUUUGGUGUUGUUGCUGAUCCAGCAACAAGUAUGAGGGAUCCUAUUUUCUACCGAUGGCACGCUUUUGUAGAUGGAGUCUUCCAGGCACAUAAGAGUGUUCUGCCAAGAUACAGUGUCCAGCAGCUCAGUUUUGACGGAAUUCGGGUUACUGGAGUGGAGGUUGCAACACAAAAUGUACCGAAUGUACCAAGUAAUGAAUUUGUCACAUAUUGGCAACAAAAUGAUAUCGAUUUGUCAAGAGGAUUGGAUUUUGCACCAAGAGGCCCAGUGUUUGUUCGAUUUACACAUUUGCAACACGCACCAUUUGUAACUAGAAUUACGGUUGAUAACACUGGUGGUCCAAGAAUAGGCACAGUGAGAAUUUUCAUGGCACCAAAGUUUGAUGAGAGGGGACUUCCAAUGUUGUUACGUGAUCAGAGAACUCUCUUCAUUGAAAUUGAUAAAUUCUUUGUCCAAUUGAAUAGUGGCCGUAAUGUCAUACAACGCCGUUCUGAUGAGUCAUCAGUGACAAUACCAUUUGAGCGGACAUUCCGCAAUCUUACUGGAGUAGGAUCAUCACCACUAGAGCAGCAAUACACCUAUUGUGGUUGUGGAUGGCCACAACACAUGCUGAUACCCAAGGGUCAGCCAGAAGGAUUCCCUGUUGAGUUCUUUGUUAUGGUAUCAGAUGGCAGUCAGGACAGGGUGGAGCAGCCUGAUCCAGAUGUUGGUUGUCGUGCUGCUCAUAGUUACUGUGGUCUGCACAAUCGUUUGUACCCAGAUAGACGUAACAUGGGAUAUCCAUUUGACCGGUUGCCACGUGAUGGUGUAAACACUCUGCGUGAAUUCCUGACACCAAACAUGGCCACAAUUGACGUGAGGAUACGACAUAUUGAGACUGUUGUCGCUCCUCAACCUGGAAAUCGUCCUGGGAUCCCCCCAAAUUUUGGAUGAUGAAAAUGAACAUUACUCUCAUACUAAUGGAUUAAACUUGCAGAGAGACACGGAGUUUUUGCAGAAUUGUACUACAGUUAGUUUUCACAGAAAAUUAUAAUACUCUUAAGACAUAUAUGUCAAUGGAUCACUAUGAGGUAGGCUCAAAAGGAGAGGGAUGAUAACUAGUAAAACUUCCAGAGAAAACCUUUUUGUAGUGCUAAACUACCCCCCCCCCCUCCCCUCCCAAAUACAUACACACUGACAUGACCCCAUGACCCAUUGGUCUGCUGGAUUUGGGAGCAGGAGUUGAAUAGGGGUGGAUGUGGGGCAUUGCUUGGUUUGGUCUGACGGAAGAAUACCACUUUGUGAAUGGUGAGAAGGAUAGUGUUGUCAACUACUCUGUGCCUCUUUUGCUAGAUUCAUAGUGAUUUAUCCUUGGGUAUAUAUUAUAACUGCAUAUUUCCAUUGUAAUUUAUGUGAAACUCAACACAAUCAUGACAUUGCAUUUACAGUGUUUCAUUACUCAUUGUUAUGUAUGGUUUUGGUGAAUUUUGUUUGUUUGACUUCCUAUUGUAUCUGUUAUGAAAGAAAUAAUUUAUUAAAAAUGGAUAUCAAGAAAACAUUAUAAAGAUAUAUCUUAUAUUUUUGGGCUCCUGAAAUGAAAGAAAGAACCCACUACAUAAUUUGUGGGAACCUUUUUUUAACCUUCCUACAGAUUAGCUUACUAUGUUUAAAAAAGAAAAAAAAAUGCUGAAGUGAUUCUGAGUUAAAGUUGGAUCUUGUAUUUGCAUUAAUAUAAGUCUAACAAGUCAGUUAAUAUGGUGAAGGUUCGUUUUGUGUAAAGCAGGAGUGAAUAAUUCAUAACUAAAAGCAAUCUAAUUAAAACAGACCACAGAAGCUACACUUCUACUGACUAUAAGGCCACAAACUGAUGCAGCCCUUUGACAGUCAUCUUAAUUUUUACAUUCUUGUACAUAUAUAAAACUAUAAUGUGCAUCACAAAAGAUGUUGCAGAGUGGACUAAAAAUGCUACUUUACGCACCGACAACACACGGAGGAAGAACGGCAUAAGAAGCAUAACCCAUUCACUGACUGUUCUUAAAAAAGGUCCCCAGUAUCCAGGUAUCAAAUUACUAAUAAGUCUGCCUAAAAACUUUGUGACAAUGUACAUCACACAAAGUUUUCAAAUAACCUCAAAGACUAUCUGAUGAAAAAGGAAUUUUACAGUGUUGAAAAGUACUUAUCACAUUAAAUUAGUAUAUCUUGUUACUUUUAAUCGAUGAUGUUAGAAUGUAAGAAAAAUGGUUAGGAUGUAUGUUAUAAUAAUGAAUGUUUUUCUAUUUUUGACAUGUCCUGUAUUACAUGUACAUUCGCUGUACACCAUGUAAUCCUGCAGGAAAAAAUAAAAUUUAGUUCAGUGAAA